UUGCGUGUACUCCUUCUUCCUCCUCCUCGUCUCCUCUACAUGCUUUCUUAAUCUGGGAGGACAGCAGGAUGGAUGACAGGGUGUGGACUGUGUGCUUUCUUGUCAUUUUGACUCUGGCAUGUACGGAGGCUCAGGGUCAGACCAACUUCACCAGGCCAAACUUCCUCUGUGGAGGACAUCUGGUCAUAGACUCUGGCAUUGUGGCCAGCGAAGGUUUCCCUGGUCAUUACAAACCCAACACAAAAUGUACUUGGUACAUCACUGUCCCCGAGGGUCACGUGGUCAUGCUCUCCUUCCGCCUCUUUGACAUGGAGGCUGACCCUACCUGUCGCUAUGACUACCUGGACAUCUACAAUGGUCACACACGAUUAGUGCAGAAGUUAGGACGCUUCUGUGGGACAUUUAGGCCUGGGGCCCUCAUUACCACCUCCAACACUAUGAUGCUGGACAUGGUGUCUGAUGAGGCCACUGGAGGACGAGGGUUUUUGGCCUACUUUACUGCAGGGAAGCCUCAUGUUGAAGAGAACCAGUUCUGCGGAGGACGUUUGACCAAAGAACAAGGUUCUGUCAAGACUCCCAACUGGCCCAACUCAAAUUACCCAGCAGGCAUCAGCUGUUCCUGGCACAUCACCGUAGAGCCCAGUAAUGUGAUCGAGGUAAAGUUUGAGAAACUGGAUCUGGAGCCAGACACUUACUGCCGCUAUGAUUAUGUAGCACUGUUUAAUGGAGGAGAGAAAGACAAUUCAAGAAGAAUCGGAAAGUUCUGUGGAGACAGGGUUCCAGGCACUGUAGUGACAAAUGGCAAUGAACUUCUGGUUCAGUUUGUCUCUGACCUCAGUGUGACCUCAGAUGGCUUCAUGGCCCAUUAUAACAGUGUUCCUCGAGGCUCUAGAAGACCCACAGCUGGUGGAGACUUCAUAUAUGGUCCUCAAACCACCACCGCAAUGCCACAGAAGAAACUUGUGAAACCAGUCAAAACAACCAAACCAACCCCAACCCUAAAGCCCAAACCAAACGUUCAGCCUAAGCCUACCAAAAAAACAACAGUGAAGAAGUUUCCACCACCACCUCGUAAAUCGACCACUAAAGCUGUGGUCAAACCAACACCUAAACCCAAACCAUCAAAACCCACACCUAAGGCUCCUGUGAAGAAGCCUACACCUAAACCUGCAACUAAACCAACACCAAAACACACGACCAAACCCACACCAAAACCCACAACCAAACCCACACCCAAAUCUAGGGUUGUCAAACCUAUUAUCAAGCCUAAACCAACACGUAAGCCUAUACUGAAGAACAAACCUACCAUAAAACCUGCCGUCAAACCUGUGAAGCCAACAGUCAAGAGUGGAGUUAAACCAACAGCCAAACCUAAAGCAACACCUAAACCUAAACCAGGACCAAGCAAAACAGUGACAAAGAAGCCUGCUGUGAGUAAGAAACCUUUACCAAUGAACCCAGUGUGUACACAGCCCUGUAAGAGGACAGGGACUCUCCAGUCCAGCUUCUGCCCUAAUGACUUUGUAAUCACAGGUAAAAUCACAUCUGUGACAGUUGGGCCAAGAGGCUCAGCAACAGUGGUGGUUUCCCUCAUUAAGGCCUAUAAACCUGGACGCCUCAACAUCAAAAGAUCAGGUCCUGUGAUGUCAGUGGCUCUGACCUCUAGCUGUAAGAGAUGUCCAGGCCUAAACAGAGGUCAGAACUACGUGAUGAUGGGAAAAGUUGACGCACAAGGCAACGGUCAGCUCAGCCCGUCCAGCUUCACUCUGCUCUACAAGCCCAUCCAUGCCAAAGCCCUUACCCUCCUUUCCAAAAAAUCAUGCUGACAUCACAGUUAAACCAACCAAUCAUGCCAUGCCCUGAAGAGCCUCAACGCUAUAAAAACAUACAUAACUUAUCAUAAAAACGGAAUAUAUUCGUAAAACACAUUUCUUAUAUUAAAAAGAAA